CGUAGAAAUUCAAGCUUAGUAUUUUCAGCGCCAGUGAUGGCGCAACACGACAACGAGUCUUCAAGGGUGCGAGGCCCUCCACCUGGGGCAACAGGUCCUCCUGACCACGUUAAGAAACCGCAGAUCUACGAAAUAUUCCCCAGUUCAAACCCCGAAGGCCAUACGGGCGAAUCCAAGGAGGGGCAAAAGAGCACUCCUGAACCCACAAUCAAGGACGGGAUCCAGUCCAUCAAAUCCGACGAUUUCCUCAAUGUACAUAAAAUCCCGUGUGCCCGCCAGGGCCUUAUGACGGGCAUCGGAUCGGGUGCGGUAGUAGGAAUGGGUCGAUAUAUUGUAGGAGGGACGAUACCAAAAGCAACAAACUGGGCUUUUGGUGCAUUUUUCUUGGGCUCCAUAAUUCAAUGGGAAUACUGCCGUGCGCAACGAGCGAACGAGCGCAUAGCCAUGGCGCGCAUAGUUGAGGUCAUGGAUAAAAAGCAAGCCGAGAAAAAGGUGCAAGCUGAAGAAGCUGCAAGGUUAAAAUUGGAAGCAGAAAAAGCAAGGCAAGACGCUGCUACAAAGAAAAGCUGGUAUAAAUUUUGGUGAUUUCGGUCGACUUGCCGACGUUAUAACAAAAAUAAGGAAUCGCUACUGUACUAUAGAAAUUCAGGUCUUGGCUCUGUUGGUGUGACCUAUAGAGAUACCGAAUCCGAAGCUAUAUAGUUUUAGGUUAUUUCGCAAAAGCAUAAAGAAAGUCGAAUAGGGUUCAAA